AUGGCUGGCAUCACUGCACAGUCCCACAGUCACGGCAAAUCCCAUCCCUCCCAAGCUACCUACCUCAGCUGUAUCUAUGUCAUACCUACCACAGCCGCACUGGCAUUUCCCAUUCACCAAGAACUCUCCUCCCCUCUCCACCCAACCCACGGAUCGAAGGACCAUAGCAGAGCAGCGAGGUUGCUUCUGAGUGAAACACAACAACCAAAGCCGAGCGGCGAACUGUUCCCAUCCGAGCCUGUUCCCAUCCGAGCCUGUUCCCAUCCGAGCCUGUUCCCAUCCGAGCCUGUUCCCUUCCGAGCCUGUUCCCAUCCGAGCAUGCACCCAUCCGAGCAUGCACCCACCCGAGCCUGCUCUGCUCCCAACCAAGCCUGCUCCCAUCCGAGACUGCUCACAUCCGAGACUGCUCACACGGCAUCUCGCCACCUCCUGUACAUCCCGUCACUCCCUCACCCCCUCCUUUCCCCUCCUUCCCUCUCUCCUUCCCCUCUCCCCCUCUCUUCCCUCCCUCCCUCCCUUCCUCCCUCCCUCCUCCCGCUCCCCUUCCCUCCCUCCCUAUCUCCCUCCCUCCGUCUUUCCUUCCCAUUUUCCCUAUAUCCCUCCCUACCUUCCUCUCUCCCUCACUCCCUCCCGCCAUUCUCUUCACCUCCCUCUUACCAUCCAUCCCUCUCUCCCUCCUCCCUCCUCACUACUUCCCUCCACUGCAGCUCUUCCCUUAACCACUCCUCUCCACCACUCCUCUCCACCACUCCCCUCCACCACUCCUCUCCAUCACUCCUCUCCACUGCUCCUCUCUACCAGAACCCCUACCUCUACUGCACACAUACGGGGCCCUAUUCUCAUCCCUUCUACAGCUACGCUCCACCACCUUCCCCUCACUGCUUCCUCUCACCUCCCCCAUUCACCUCACGUUUCACCUCGCAUUUCCCCCCGCCUUUCCCCUCUCCCUUCCCCUUCUCCUUUCCCCUCCUCCCUUCCCUCCUCCCUCCCCCUCUCCCCUACUCCGGCAACAUUCACCGCUUUCAAAAGUAG